AUGUGGGCGCCGACAGUUUCUUUGUACCUGCUCAUAUUUUACGGAUAUACUUCAUCACAGCCAGUGACAGACGACAGUGAGAAUGCCCGACAGACCCGUCAAUUGGACUUCGUCGAGUGUUGUCCUUGCCCGGGCACUGGGCAAGACUACGAUGUUCAGGAGACAACGUUCAGAGGUGCUGAUGGAUCCUUAACCCGGGCUCUGGACGACUGUCCUUGUAGACAGAGAACUGCUGACAACGAAGGCGCCUCAUCUAUCUUUUUUCCUACAUCUGUGCGAUCUGAUGGGUCUUCGAUAAGGCCCACAGAUAAAAAAGAAGAACUCAAACCGCUCUUGCAUCCAGAAGUCGAUCUCGCUUCAUCUGUCUUACAAACAUUACGUGAAGCCACUGACGAGGAGUACCGGGAGGCUCUCGCUAGAGAUGCUGCCAGGAGUAUGGCUCGAGCAGCUGAGGAAACUAUAUUCGGUGACGCAGUGCCUGAAGCAAGCAAUGGUAAUGUAGUAACUAUCAUAGUAAAACCGAAACAAACCAACAGUUUAGAUGAUAUAUUACCACAAGAAUCUCAUAAUCAAGAAUCUCGUUGUAUACAUGCUCCGUUAGAAAGCUCAAGAACUAAUCUCGGUAAAAUGCGACUCGCUAAGAAACCUAAUCUGUUACGAGAAAUGUUCGGUUUGCCAACAAUAAGUAAACCUGCAAGACUUCUGCAUAGAGAUGUACUAGAUAUGGAUAGCGGCAUGAGAGCUAGUAAUGUUCAAGAACAGGUUGUUCCUAUUGAUGGAAAUACUUUAAUAGGUAAAACCAACAUGCUGAGUAAUUUAGACGAACAUGAUAGUCUUAUUAAGGGUUUCAAAUUACCUUCAAUGAAGAAUAAAUUGAAGGAUUUCUUAUCUAAUCGGUCACCACUAGAAGCCACAAAAAUAAACACUUCGCCUUUACCACCAAUACCAAAGUUGAAAUUAAAUAAUUCUUUAUCGAAAGCGAAAGGCACGAACAUCGAAGACCUCAGUCUAUCACCUAGUAACAUUGAAGAACAAGCAAAGUUAAGCCUUCUAAAAGCCAAAUCACAUCUGGAGAGUAUUUUUCAGAAACCUAAACAGGAUGGUUUGAAAAACUUAUUUAAAUUAAAAGAUGUGGAACUAGUUCCUCUCAAAGAUCUCUUUAACAAACCUUCGGAUAAUUCCCUGCCUUUGCCAAGCAUCUUUAAAAAGAGUGGUAAAAUGACUUCGGCAGACGAAGAUGAAAACCUUGAACGUUCCCAAUCCACAGGACAACAGGGAGUAAAAAAUAACGGCGAGAUACUCGAUCAUGAUGUUAGUCCUAGUAAUAUAAUUGAAAAUAAGAGUGACCCCAACUGUUUUGUUCCAAAUGACUCUUUUAAAACCGCUACCAGCGAGAAUGGACGCAUUGAGAACCUGAACGAUAAGUCAAGUUCAGCUGAAGAAUUGGCAUCAAAUCCUGAAGUUACUACAUCUAGCGUUGAUGUUGGUAGAGAUACCGAGUCGAAUGAACUUGGAUACUUGGAUAAUGAUGAUGAUUGCAACGUAAAAACCAUACCCGUCACAGAAUUAAAUAUCCCAAAAUCAAUAGAAAAUGUUAUGGACGAUGAAGCACAAAACACCAGUGGAGAUGAACUCAAUUCAGAUAUCUCCCAAGAACAAAUACCGGAGUCUACGAACAAUGAAGAGACCGAAAACUCGGAAUUUGCGUCAAAUGAUGGCGAUGAUUGUAUUAAUCAAUUUAAGGACGCCGACUCAAGUGGUGACUCUAGCAACAACAUAAACAAUUUUGUUAAGCCUGACGAUACAAACAGGGAAAAUUUUGAAACAGUGCUUAACAACAAUGAACUAAUAAAAGAGCCUUGUAGCCAAGAAAGACAGGCUACUUUUGAAACAGUUGACACGACUGCAUCGGAAGAUAGCCCUCAGAAGCCGUUAAUCAAACCGCUUUCACUGGAUCAAACUCUAUCCACUAUCAAAGAGAAUAUAAUUAAAACUAUUGAAAACUUAAAGAUUCCGAAACCUAAUCCAAAAACUGCAAACAUAUUUAAUUUACCAAUUCCAAGCACUGAUACAGAAAACAGGGAAUCAUCUCCUGUGACAGAUGAAAAAGUUAAUCCUGAUUGUACAAAUGAAGAGUCGAUUCCAGUAACGACAUCAAAACCAGUAGACGAUAGUUGUAUAGAUAAUUUAGAAAAUAAUAAUGACUCUCCGGGAAAGAUCAGCAUGCAAGAUUUGCAAAAAAUAUCAGAUGAAAUGUUGCAACGAGAAGAAGAACAACGAAAAGCUAAAACAUUAGACUGCAAUGAACCUUCACAAGAAGUGACUGAUGCAAAUGUGGACGAAGAUCCAACAAUAACAACAAACCAAAGUGAAAUUGACAAUAUGGAUGCCGAACCAUCCGCAAACACGCAAAACGAAGUAGUUACGGACCCACAAAACUUGGAUGAAAUAGGCGAUAAUAUUGUAAACAGCAAAGAGAACACAUGUGUCAGUGAAUUAAUGUUACCAAAACAAACGGCUGAUCAGAACACAGAUGCAAAUGCAGACGCAAGUGAAAUAACUGAUAUUAUCGUAUCGCCACUUUCAUUAGGCAAUGUUUUUGAACCAAAAGUCAAUGUUUUCGAUAUAUUAGAUAACCCAAUUCCAGAAAUACAAGGUGGGUUUAAACUGCCUCCUCUACCAACACUUGAUGAUAUUAAACUUAAACUUACUGACGUGUUCGACAAUACGCCACGAGAAGUAGAAGAAUGCUCGGUUUCGCCGACUCAAGCAGAACCGAUGACUGAUCCGUUAAAUAUCUUAACACCGGUAAUGCAAACCGAUGCUAGUGCACCCAAAUUUCAACUAAGGAAUCCUUUAGAAGAUUUCAAUUUAGAUAUACUUCAGCUAAAUCCACAAAAAAGUUUAAUACCAAAGCUGCCGAAAAUAGACCUGCCUUUACAUAAAACAAAACUUCAACUACCCGAGUUAAGUUUGAAACCAAUCAAUUUAAAAUCUCCGUUGGAAGACUUAAGUUUAGGACGAAACAAUCUUUGGCCAAACAUCCCCGAUAAUCAAUGGGAAAUGGUUCCUGAUUUGAAGGAUUUAGGUAACCGAGUAAAAACGAACGCGCAGAAAAUAAACAAGUCACGUAAGCCUCCCGCUUUAAGAAAUAGUUUCAGUACAAAACCAAGAAUAGGUGAUUUUACUGGUGAUAUACACUCGCAAGCUAAACAUACAUUGAGAAGUAUGCACCAAUCUUUGGAAUCUAAGUUUCGGGAAGCAACGAAACCUGUAAAGCUACAGCCUGAUGAAUUAUUAGAAACCAUAUCAAGGAAUCAUGAAGAUAUGAGUGACAAACUUAAAGCUUUGCAUAUAGAUUUCAACGAUAGAAUUGAAACUAUGAGAAACAAUCUUUUUGAAAAAUCUAGGUUCGCAAAUAGUGGUUCGCGCAGUAAAACCUUUACCACGUUUAGCACGCAGAACAAAGAUAAACCGUUUUCUUUGAAAGCUACGCAGCCCAAGUCACAAGCGGGUAGACGAGAACAGAAGAAAUCGUUAAAAACUAAUCGGCUUGACCAGCCCAGAUCAAGUGGAAUUGGAUCGUCACAAAGGCUGUCUAAUCAAAAGAAAUUCAAGAUGCCAGCAGCUGCUAGCGUGCCAGUACCGAGAACUAUUGAGGUUCCUAGGCUGCAAGCUUCGCUGACGAAAUUACCAGGACCUGCAGUACAAAGGACAUCCGAUAUCAUUCCUGGGACCCGAAAUAUAGCACCUCUAGAUAAGGAACCAGCUACAUUAUGGAAACAAACGAGUAGGAAAUACAUUACAAAUCCGCGAUUAGGAAAACAAAUCAAUCCUUUUAAAGACAGUAAAAUAAAUAUUUCAUUUUCUACGACACCUCGACCUAUGUUAGAAUCGAGGAAACAUGAUUUUAAAGGAUCCCCAAGUGAAAUUAAUAAGUCCGUAAUAUCUGCACCGACUUCCAGACAGUUAAAGAAUUUUGAUAAUCAAAACAGGGAUAGUGAAGCCAAGCGCCCAAGCCAAGCAUUUGAGAGAUCUUCGAGCAAAUUAGUUAGUGGUCGAGAAAAAGACGCAAAUGUACCUUCAUUGAGUAAGGACUUACAAUCUUGGCCUAAACCUUCUGAAGGUGCUUUUCUGACGAAAGUCAAAGAAGCUGUUAAAGCUCGAAUGUCCAAAGUGAAUUCGCCUGAGAGAUUGAAACAGGGUAUUGUAUCUUCUGGGGAUAAGAAUGUUCUCAACUCAAACACUGAUAUGGCGAGAGCUGCGUCAGAGAAUGUUGACGCGAUUGAAGGCAAGGUGCUGAAGGAAAAUGUUUCAUACAAGUGUAAAUUGCUUUGUACUAAAGAGUGA